CACAGACGAAUUCCUCUUGGAGCUGGCCCCGAUGCUCGGUAGUGACUGGGAGAAGUUGGGCAAAGAGCUGGGUUUAUCUUCGCACAGAGUUGCCCAGAUAGCGAAAGCCGACCCUGACGACACCUCGCGGGCAGUGGUGGUAUUGCGGAGAUGGUCCCAGAGCGUAGCGAUUUCAGUUGAUAAGGCAGCUGCCUUGCAAAAGAUGUGCACUAAGAUAGGCCGACCUGAUCUCGAGGCUUUGGUCCGGAAGAAGGUCCAAGAGUUCAAAGCUCACAUGCUGUGUAAAGUACAAGAUCUAAACCUGGUGAAAGCGUUCAACGUUUUGAUACGUAAUACUGCGGUGGUGGCCGGGUGGCGGGACGUGGCCCUAGAGCUCAGCGUCCCGUUCGGCGAAGUGGAGAAAAUCGCCAACUCUCCGCUGAACGACGACGAGAAAUGCUUCAAGGCGUUGAUGAUGUGGAGAGAAUCCGGUGGAGCGACAUUGGAGGGUUUACAGAAACAUUUGGAGAACUUGAAUCACAGACAGGCAGCAGAAAAACUCGCCGAUCUACAUGUAUAGUAUUACUAUGACCAGACCCAGAGCUGACAAUAUUAACUUUGCGACCAUUCAUCAUACCUGUCAGUACAGAAGUGGAGUUCAGCUCUUUUACAAUACGCUGUUGUUCGUUUAUUCCAUAUUCUAAUAUUUAACACACAGAGUUUCAUUUACCAACAGCUAUAGAAAAAAAUUAACUGAGAUUAACUAGCCAAUAUUUCGUCUGCUGACAGUCAGACUCCAAAAGACAAAUGCAACUGUAUUUGUUUGUCAUACACACAUAGAUCAUGGAACUGUUCAACAAACAUUCAUAUUGGAUUCAUCUUUGACUCAUUCUUAGACAUGCGGUUAAUAAAUCGCGAGAUUUAAUAAUGCGUGGUAUCAGGUUCUGACAGAUCUGAUAAUAUCACAGGACUAUGAGACAGUAAAUACACCAAAGGUACUGUAUGACAUUUUUAUUUUUAAGUUAAGAUUACAUUCUACUGCUAAAUGUACAAAUAGGUAAUCUUUAACUUAGCGAUAAACUGUGAGUGCCCGUUCACGCGUUGAUAUUUCACGCAU